CUCACAGCACCAGUACGCUACAGUAGCCACUGGUCCCCACUUGAGUCCCUCUCCCAGCACUGACCACCAACGCCACCAAUAACAUGUCAUCCUCUGCGUCCGGAUGGGAGGUGCGCUUCAGCAACAGUCGCCAGCUCCCCUACUUUUACAACAGCAGCACAAAGGAGUCCACCUGGCAGGAGCCUCAGGGUCUCUCUGCCGACGACAUCGUCAAACUCCCUGGCGCAGCAGAGAACCUUCAACGAGCUGGUAGUACUGGGGGUCAGCAGGCGGCACCGGCUGCCCCUAGUGGACAAGUCCGUGCUAGUCACCUGCUCGUCAAGCAUGCGAACAGUAGGAGGCCAUCUAGCUGGAAGGAGUCCAACAUCACUCGAAGCCCUCAAGAGGCGGAGCAGAUCAUCCGCGAGCACAUCGAGACUCUGGGCGACAAGCCCUCCCCGCAGAAGUUCGCUGAGCUCGCUUCCGUCCAUUCGGACUGCUCUUCGGCAAGACAAGGUGGUGACCUGGGCUUCUUUGGUCGUGGACAGAUGCAAAAGCCCUUCGAGGAGGCUACCUACGCCUUGCCCGUCGGCGGCAUGAGCAGCGUUGUUCAGACAGAUAGCGGAACACACAUCAUCCUCAGGACUGCUUGAGAGCCCAAAAGGAAAGUGCAAAAGGUGAAUGGGUGUCGGUGGUGGAGGCAGGCGA